AUGACGUUUUCAUGUCAGAACGGCCCAAGGGCCCAGCAUCUGCUCUUCUCAAUUCUGCUCCACACAGCCUGGGAGCUGGGGAGCGGCCAGGUCCAUUACUCCGUGCUGGAGGAAGCGAAACACGGUACGUUCGUGGGGCGAAUCACGCAGGAUCUGGGUCUGGAGGUCGCGGAGCUGGUGACGAGGCUGUUCCGGAUGGUGUCCAAGGGCAGCAGAGACUAUUUGGAGGUAAAUGCUCAAAAUGGCAUUUUGUUUGUGAAUUCGCGGAUCGACCGAGAGGAGCUGUGUGGCCCCAAUCCUGUUUGUAGCAUCCACCUGGAGGUGAUAGUGGAGAAACCGCUGCAGGUUUUCCAUGUGGAGGUGGAGAUCAAGGAUAUUAAUGACCACCCGCCUGUAUUCCCUACGAAGUCAAAAAAUUUCUUUUUUUCAGAAUCCAGGCCACUUGACUCGCGUUUUCCGCUAGAGGGCGCGUCCGACGCUGACUCAGUGUCGAACGCCCUGCUGAGCUAUAGGCUCAGUCCGAGUGAAUAUUUCUCCUUGGAUGUACAAACAAAUGAAGAACUGAGUCAAUCUCUGUCCCUGGUGCUCAGGAAAGCUUUAGACCGAGAGGAAACAUCGAAAGUUAAUUUAUUAUUGAUCGCCACAGAUGGGGGUAAACCCGAACUCACUGGCACUGUUCAUUUGCUUAUUAAAGUGCUCGAUGUGAAUGAUAAUGAACCGGAGUUUGACCAAUCACUUUAUAAAGUCCGAUUACUAGAAAACACAGCUAAUGGAACGUUGGUGAUCAAACUAAACGCUUCUGACGCAGAUGAAGGAUUAAAUAGCGAGGUCAUCUAUUCAUUCAGCAGUGACGUUCCCUUGAGUGUACAUAACAAGUUCAAAAUAGAUUCUAGGACUGGGGAGAUUAGAAUUAAGGGACAAUUGGAUUAUGAAGAAGCCAAAUCGUAUGAAAUUCAGGUAAUUGCUUCCGAUAAGGGAACUCCAUCAAUGUCUGGCCACUGUAAAGUCUCACUGAAAGUUCUGGACAUCAACGACAAUGCCCCUGAGGUGGUCGUGACCUCACUAUCACUGCCAGUCCUAGAAGACGCCCCGGCAGGCACAGUUAUUGCCCUCAUCAGCGUGUCUGACCGUGACUCAGGUGCCAACGGGCAGGUGACUUGCUCGCUGUCGCCCCAGGGGCCCUUCACGCUGGUGUCCACCUUCAGGAAUUACUACUCCCUGGUGCUGGAGGGCCCAUUGGACCGCGAGAAUGUGCCAGCCUAUGAGCUAGUGGUGACUGCGAGGGAUGGCGGGACGCCAGUCCUUUGGGCCAAGGCCAGCGUUUCUGUGGGCAUCGGCGACGUGAAUGACAACGCGCCAGUCUUCGAGCAGCCCGAGUACACUGUGUUUGUGAAGGAGAACAAUCCUCCAGGCAGUCACAUCUUCACUGUAUUAGCGUCCGACCCAGACGCUCUGGAGAACGCGCUGGUGUCUUACUCGCUGGUGGAACGACAACUGGGAGAGCGUCCGCUGUCGAGCUACGUGUCUGUGCACUCGGAGAGCGGGAAAGUGUACGCCUUGCAGCCCUUGGACCACGAGGAGCUCGAGCUGCUGCAGUUUCAAGUGAGCGCUCGCGAUGCGGGCUUCCCUCCUCUGGGCAGCAACGUGAGCCUGCAGGUAUUCGUGCUGGAUGAGAACGACAACUUACCGGUUGUGCUGCCGCCUCACGCAGGGGUUAGCCCAGUGACCGAGUUGGUGUCACAGUCUGUAGCGGCGGGUCACGCAGUGGCGAAGAUUCGGGCUGUGGAUGCGGAUUCUGGCUACAACGCGUGGCUAUCUUAUGAAAUGCUGCCAGAGGUGGGCGUAGGUCGCAGUCCUUACCGCGUGGGUCUGUACACGGGAGAGAUCAGCACUACACGAGCCCUGGAGGAGUCGGAUGGGCCGAGGCAGACGCUGUUAGUGUUAGUGAAGGACCAUGGGGAGCCCCUUCUGUCUGCCACAGCCACAGUGAUUGUGUCUUUAGUAGAGAGUGGACUCUCAGUGAAAGCCUCUUCUGGGGUAGCCCGCGAGGCAGAGGUGGUGGGCAUGUCGAAAGAGAAGGUCUUGGGAGAUGUUAAUGUCUUUCUGAUCAUCGCUAUCUGCGCUGUGUCCAGCCUCUUGGUGCUAAGCUUGUUGCUGUAUGUGGCCUUAAGAUGCUUCACUCCCUCUCAGGCUGUCUAUAGCCCCGGGAAACCCACGCUAGUGUGCUCCAGUGGAAUGAAUAGCUGGUCGUAUUCCCAGAAGCGGGGGCAGAGGGUUUGCUCCGGAGAUGGGGUAGUCAAGAACGACCUCAUGGCCUUCAGUCCUAACCUCCCUUCUUGUCCCUCUUCUGAGGACAGAAGUCCACAGCUGGAAACAGGUUCUGCCCCCUCUUGUAAGGUGAGUUCAUAA